GUAACCAACGUGCGUGACCGUCUGACCGACCACACUCUCUGAAUUGCUCAAAGACGAAAAAACCCUAUACUCUCCAUUCCAUUCCAUUCCAUUCAUGUCCUCCACGCCCUCCGACUUGCCCUAACAAUCGGAUUACUGUGAGUUUCAAUCGCUGAUUACGCAAUUUGGAAAUCCACGAAGCCGUAUUCUGUGAAUUCCUUGCCGGAAAUUAGGUUUCGAGUUGUGUCGCUAAAUUCUAAUUGCAAAAAUGAUGGCGAGAUCAUUGGCCAAUUUAAUUCAUAGAGGCGUUUUGGCACGCCCUACUGUCUCAACUGCUUCUGGAUCCUUCAGCCAGGCCAUACUUCGUUUAUCCACUAAUGUGCCUAAUGAUCCUGAUACGCAUGAAGAUUUCAGACCAACUAGUAAAGUUGAGAACUCUGGCAUCUCCUUGAAAGAUGUUGUUGAGCAGGAUGUUAAAGAAAACCCUGUGAUGAUAUACAUGAAAGGGGUGCCGGAUCAGCCACGAUGUGGCUUCAGUGCACUAGCUGUGAGGGUCUUGAAAGAAUAUAAUGUUCCUAUAAGUGCCAGAAAUAUAUUAGAAGAUGUUGAGCUGAAGAAGGCGGUAACAGCUUUCAGCUACUGGCCAACUUUCCCUCAAAUAUUCAUCAAAGGGGAAUUUAUUGGAGGAUCUGAUAUCAUUCUUAACAUGCAUCAGAUGGGUGAAUUGAAGGAAAAACUGAAAGAUAUUGCAGAAAAACAGAAUUCGACACAGUAAGGCAUGAUUCAGAGUUUACUUGAAGCCUUCUUUCUCUUGCUCUAGUAAUUCUCUUCUAAACUUUGUCAUUUGCUGAAGGAGAUGACGGGUAAUUAAUUAUUCGCGAUUUUAGACGGGUUGUCAUAUGUGUUCUCAAUUAUGUGUGGUUUCUUAGGAACAUUUUGGCUACAGCAUCUCCCUGAUGUAAUAAGAAUAAUUUGUUGUCGACAUAAAUAUGUUAGGAAGCUUCAUGCUGUCGGCUUGAAAGCCACCGAGUGGUAUUAUAAAUCAUUUGAUACGUUAAGCUUCUUAUUUGUAACAUAAUGUUGAAUAUUAGUUGGCUGCAAUGUUGUUUACGAAUACUCGAAGAUUCA